AUGGAAACCAACGACAAGACACGCUCUGUCAGGACGCGAAGCGCUCGGGCCGGUCUGGUUUUUCCUGUCGGUCGCGUUCAUAGAUAUAUCAAGCGAUUCAAUGUCGGGAAAUGUAGAGUUGGCUCGAAGGCGGCUGUCUACACCGCUGCAGUACUGGAAUAUCUCACGGCGGAAGUGGUCGAGCUGGCGGGAAACGCUGCCAAGGAUCUAAACGUCAAACGUAUUACUCCUCGCCAUCUGUUUCUGGCUGUACGCGGUGACGAGGAAUUGGAGAUACUCGCUCGUAUGAUCGUCAUUCCGGGGGGCGGUGUAAUGCCUUACGUGCACAGACAAGUAUUAGGCAAUAGUUAA